AUGUUGUUGGGUGUUCACCAUUUGUGGAUUGAAUCAGACUCUGAGGCAGUGGUCAUGGUGGUGAUGGCAUGGUUGAUUCCAUGUUGCGUGUUGCUCAAGAAUGCGGGUGGAGGUUCUUUCUACAAUGUGACAACUGGGAGAAGGGAUGGAACAAUUUCAAAUAAGACCGAAGCUGAGCUUCUCCUCCCUCCUGCUGAGAUAUCAGUCACUGAUUCCAUUGCAGCAUUUGGAAAUCUUGGAAUGAAUGUUUCAGACAUGGUUGCUCUCAUUGGUGGUCACACAGUAGGGGUUGCCCAUUGUUCUUCCUUCCAAGAUCGUCUCUACAAUUACAAUAACACCGGAAAGGCUGACCCAACAAUGGAUUCAACUCUACUUGCCUCUUUGAAGACGACUUGUCCCCAGAAUUCGACGGUCGAUAACACAGCUAAUCUGGAUCAGAACACAGUCAGUUUGAAUACUUUCGACAACUCCUUCUUCAUGCAAAUUCAAAAGAACAAAGGAAUUUUGGGAAUUGACCAAGAGAUUGAUUUGGAUACUAGAACUAAUGGCACUGUUUCAUCCUUUGCCAGUAACAAUAGUGUGUUCUUGGCACAAUUUGCAACUGCCUUUGUCAAGAUGGGAGCCACAAAUGUCAUUUUAGAGCCAGCAGGAGAGAUUAGGCUAAAUUGUCGAUCCACUAAUUAAUAUCUUUGCCCUCCUCCUACUCUUCCUAAGUGCAAUUAA